AUGCUUGCCUCUUCUCUUCGCUUUGCUUCCCUUCGCAAGGGCCCUGCGGUGGCCCGAAGCUUCUGCUCGUCUUCGGCAAUGCGCGCAGCCGAGGUCAGGUCGCUGGGCGUUAUCGGUGCGGGACAAAUGGGAUUGGGUAUUGCCCUUGUCGCUGCCCUGAAGGCUCAGGUCCCUGUUACUCUUGUCGACACCUCGCAGGCUUCUUUGGAUAAGGGCCUCAAGUUUGCCGAGAAGCUCCUUGAAAAGGAUGUUACCAAGCAGCGUAUCACCCGUGAGGCAGCUGAUGAAGCCCGAAGCCUUCUGGCCACAAGCGUCAAGAUGGACGACCUCUCAUCAGUAGACUUCGUCAUCGAAGCUGUCCCCGAGAUCCCGGAUUUGAAAACAAAGAUUUUCGCCGACUUGGCCCAGAUCGCUCCCAAGCAUGCCAUUCUCGCAACCAACACCUCUUCCAUCUCCAUCACCAAGAUUGCCGCUGCCACCAGCUCGGAUCCCACCGACCUACAGGCAUCCUCCCGGGUUAUCUCGACCCACUUCAUGAACCCCGUCCCAAUUCAGAAGGGUGUGGAGAUCAUUCGGGGACUUCAAACAUCCCAAGCAACCAUGGACACUGCCAUUGCUUUCGUCCAGCGAAUGGGUAAGGUGGCCUCUGUGUCGGCUGAUUCACCCGGCUUCCUUGCCAACCGUAUCUUGAUGCCUUACAUCAACGAGGCGGUGAUCUGCCUAGAGACCGGCGUUGGUGGUCGUGAAGACAUUGACAACAUUAUGAAGACUGGCACCAACACUGGUGACAGCAAGUACCGACCUGCUGGUCUUCUGCGUCGCAUGGUCGAUGCUGGCUGGCUUGGUAAGAAGAGCGGCAAGGGCUUCUAUGAUUACUAG